AUGUCUUCUAAAGAAAAACAAACGUUGUUUGAGCGUCGCAGUUGGUGUGAAACUGAGAAAAUUGAUCCCCAACAUGCGAUUAUUCUGAGUGGAGUGCCAUCUGACGCUGAUGUUGCAUUCAUUGAAGAUACCGUCCAAGCCAUUAAGAUUUUUGGAAGAGUGCGGGCUCGUGCUACCAAAACAGGCUUGACUCCAGAAACCCUUCAGGUUUUGUGUGAGUGUCGAGAAAAAAUCUGCCCUACUAAAGUUCCUUCUGAAGUAUUGUCAUCAUCAGGGGAUGCCUGGAAGAUUCUCAUAGUAGCAGAUGAUGAACCUGAUGGUGAUGUGUUUUGGGAGAAACUUACUCAGUUUCUGUCUAAUGAAGGCAAAACUAUGAGUGACCUACAAGGUUUGGUAACAGGCACAACUUCUCCGGAGGCCAUUAUUCGUGCUAUAGGGGAACUGCUAGAGAAAACUUCUAAGCCUGUAAGUGAUGGCCAGGCUUAUAGGCGCUUGAUGAUUUUUUCGGGAGUACUUCCUACGCCUGCUGGCGAAGAGAGUAGUGAGAACUGGUUGGAACAAGCCAGGCUAAUGGUCACAGAGUGUGAUUGUUCAGCCAAAGUGAAACGUAAACGAAUAGUCAAAAGUCUUAAGGGGUCUGCUUUAGAAGUUGUAAAGGCAGUAAGAGGUGACAAUCCUGAUGCCACUGCACUUGAAUAUCUUGAGGCUUUGGAGAAUGCAUUCAGUACUUCAGAGUCUGGGGAAGACUUAUACUUUGCCUUUCGACUGCUCCGGCAAGAGCCAGGGGAGGCCCUUUCUGAUUUUCUUCGUAGAAUUGAGCGGUCGCUUGCAUUAGUGGUAAAACGAGGAGGAGUGACACCCCAGAAAGCCGAUAGAGCUCACAUUGAACAAUUGUUAAGGGGGGCUGUAGAGUCUGAUAUGAUGAUGUUAAAAUUGCGCCUGCGUGAGAGAAGAGAGAUUCCCCCCACCUUUUUGAAACUCCUAAAUGAAAUAAGGGAGGAAGAGGAGACUGAGGCUGCUAGAGGUAAACUCACCAUUAAUGUACGGGAGCCAAAAUUGAAAGAUCGUACAAGAGGCAGUUUAGUUAGUCGAGAGGGCUCAAAAAUUGAAGUAAAAGAGUUACGGCUUCAGGUAGGGGAUCACAAACAACCCCCAGAAAGAGUAGUUGAGAAAGAAAUACGUUCUACACCACCUUUGACUUCUGAGGUACAAGCAUUGAAGGCCCAAGUACAACAACUACAAAAGCAGUUGUCUGCGCUGAGUGUAAGGCCCCAUGUCUGGGAAGGGGAGCAAUCUCCGCGAGUCAGUGGGAUCCCCAUAGCCUCUGGUAGAUCCACAACUAAAAGCAGUGAUGGGUUUUUCUGCUAUCAUUGUGGGGAGGGUGGGCACAUUGCCCCGAAGUGUAGAGGCAGUGAAAAUUCCACACUCGUGAUUCAGAAAUUACUUCAGUUGAUCCGUAAAUCUAAAGACAUUAACCCAGCAUCAAACCCCAAACCUCCAGACGUAGAGAAGAGUGAAUGUUUCUCUAAGACAAGCCACAUAGAAUCUCUAGAACCUGGUCGAUUACCUAAAGGUUUGGUAGGGCCCUCAUCCACCUUUGAUGUGAAAGUUAAUGGUCACCCGUGUGUUGCUCUUUUGGACAGUGGGUCAUAA